AUGCCAUGGUUAUUGCUGCCAGCGAAUGUCUACUCCUGGUUAAAUCACCAUCCCGUCAAUUUUCCCCUAACUGACUCACCCUUUUUGGCGUUUGCUCUGCUUCCUGGUGAUUCCCUGUCCCAUGACUUCGCCUUCCAGCCACACCUUCGUCCCAUGUUCUCUCCUACGUCAUCCGUGAGUCUCGAAGGCUUUUAUCCAAGGACAUAUCCCAGGAUGUCGAACACCGACCGUCUCUCCAUCACCAAACACUCAUCUCUCAAUUCCACAACAAAUCCUCAACCAUCUUUGGACGCAUCCACCCUAUUGGUCUCACAGGAAUUCCCAUGCUAUUACUGGCCUGAACUCAAGUCCUUCACCACAACAUUUCCGAUGGUCGGCUGA